UUUCACGCCCAGCCUGUUAGGUCCUGCCCUCCGUGAUCAUGUCCAAGUCUCUGAAAAAGUUGGUGGAGGAGAGCCGGGAGAAGAACCAGCCGGAAGUGGACAUGAGUGACCGCGGCAUCUCCAACAUGCUGGAUGUCAACGGCCUCUUCACCUUAUCCCACAUCACACAACUGGUCCUCAGCCACAACAAGCUAACAACCGUGCCACCAAACAUAGCGGAGCUGAAGAAUUUGGAAGUGCUCAACUUUUUUAACAACCAGAUUGAGGAACACAUGCAGGCAAACCCCGAACCGCCGAAGAAAAAUAAUGACAAAUCGAAAAAGAUCAGCCGGAAACCCCUGACAGCCAAGAACAAAUAA